UGUACGAAUAUUUUGCCAACUGUCUUUAAAGUAGAGAUUGUUGUAGUAUUUAUUAGUAGGAAUAGAAGAUCUGAGACGCUUGAAAACGGUUGUGAUUUCUCAGUGAAACAGGUGAGUCCUUUGAUUAACGUUACCAGGAAAAGGUUACUUUGCUGCGCUGUCAAUGACACUGUAGCGAGCAAGAAAAUAAAGUGUAACUUUGUAGCUAACUAGUCAGCUUAGCUAAGAAGUGAUUGCAACGACAGUAAAAUAAUAACAUUGCAACAACGUAGCUUACGUUAACUAGCUUGUUGGCUAGAUAAGCUACAGCAGCUAGCAAACCAUAGUCAACAUGUCAGUUAGCUAUUCUAUUAGUUAUGUUUGAACGUUUCUGUUUUGAAAAUAACUUGUAUUCUCCCCCAGCCCCCCACCCAAAACUCAGGAUGAGUAAAAACAAGGUGUUGAAUCUGAAGGACAAAAUCGAUGGCAACGAGAUGGAUCUGAGUCUCUGUAACCUCACUGAAGUUCCUGUUAAAGAACUGGUAGGCCCACAACGACACACACAUUACCUUUAUAAAGCCAUGUAUUGUAGGCAACAGUGGAGGCUGGUGGGAGGAGCUAUAGGAGGACAGGCACAUUAUAAUGGCUGGAAUAGAAUAAAUGGAACGGAGUCAAACAUGUGGUUUCCAUAUGUUUGAUUUGUUUGAGACCGUUCCAUAAAUUCCGUACCAGCCAUUACAAUGAGCCCGUCCUCCUAUAGCUGCUCCCACCAGCCGCCACUGGUAGGCAAUAGUCAUGUUGUCAUACCCUUAUGUGUGUGUUUUCAGGCUGCCUUCCCUAAAGUCACAGUCCUGGACAUGUCCUGCAACAAUAUCACCUCCCUGCCUGUGAGUAACCUUGAAUGAACCUAGUCCCGAAUGUGGUGAUGCUUUCCGUUGUGUAUAGCAUAGCCACACACAUUUACAUAGAAGAAAAAACUAAACGUCCCUUGUCUGUCACAAAUGUUGAAUACAAUUAUAUAAUAAUUUGAACUUACUGUGUCGAUUGUCCGUCGGGUUGGUCUUUCAGCAGGUUGAAAUUUGAGACAAAAUAUCCACAGGAAAGUAUUAUUAAACCCAUUUCAAAAUGCUGGUCUGUGUGUGUGGCAAUCAAGAUGUUUGAUCAUGACCAAGGCACAUGCACAGGACGGAAGUACAUGCACACGAUGCAUGCAUACUAACUGAAGUCUUGCAGGUGUUUACAUGGUUUUGCACAUGUGCCAGGUGAUAGAAAUUUCAACGGCAGUACCGGCGCUCUACAAAGUCAGGUAAAUAAUACUUUCCUGUGGAUAUUUUGUCAAAAAUGUAGACCAGUUUAGGACCAACUGCACAGACAACCGGUAGAGUAAAUUCAAAUGUAAUUUUAUUCAACAUUCUGGCUUGUAAGAAAACUUUACGUUUUUGCAGUGCUUUGUUUGACUGUAUACCAAUAAUUGGUAUCACCAACCAAGUUUCCAUCCAACCUUUUUAUCCAUGUAAAGGACAUGUCGGAUAAAGAAUGUCAUGACAGGCCUGAUGAAAACAGCUAAUUUGUCGGUAAACUUUCCAAAUGUCAACCAAACAAAAUACGCUAGACGAGGUGUGAUCUUUUUGUCUGUAAAAUUAAUUAUGUAAGAAAUGGCGGUGGAAACGCCUUAAUGUGCAAAUAUUGAUAUAAUAACCAUCAUAUAGAAAUAAACUUGGAGUCAUGCUAAGAUAUUUGUGUGGUCCUACCAGUACGACUUGGGAAAGCAUGCAGUUUAUUAGGCUACAGAUUAAAUAUGUAAUGAUGAACUUCACAGGGUGGUGAAAGUGCACGUUGAUGAGUUUGUUGUUCCUUUAGAAAAGUUUGUGGUCAGAUGCAAAUCCUUAAAAACAUAGCAAAUAUUCUCUUAACAGGGGGUACCGGUACUGAGUCAAUGUGUGGGGGUACAGGUUAGUGGAGGUAAUUUGGACAUGUAGGUAGGGGUAAAGUGACUAUGCAUAGAUAAUAAACAACGAGUAGCAGCAGUGUAAAAUCAAAGGGGGGGGGUCAAUGUAAAUAGUCUGCUUGCUGUGCGGUAGCAGAGAGAACAGUCUAUGACUUGGGUGACUGGAGUCUUUGACCAUUUUUUGUGCCUUCCUUCAGUCAGUUGUGUUAGUGCUGGGCUGGAACUGAAGCCUGCUCACCCUGUUGCUCUCCGCUGAAGACAACUGGCUAAUGUCACUGACUAAUGUAUGGUAGCCUACCCAGCCGGAUUGUCAAGGAGUUGUACUAUAAGGAAGUGGAGGAGGAGAGGUGUAUGGGUAGAGCAGGAGAGGUGUAGGGGGUAGCAGAAGUAGUGUACCUUGAGUUUCCUCUGAGUGUUGAACUUGUGCAGACAUUCCACUGUCUCCUGUCUGUGGAUCAUAGGCGCCAUGGUGGAACGUUGCAAUAGGAGUGGAGAGAGAUUAUUAUUAUUAUUACAGACUGUACAUAACAGUGUGUGUGUGUCCAGCUGGAGUUCUGCAGCCUGAGUCACUUGGUCAAGGUGGACCUUAGUAAGAACCAGAUGACUGUUCUACCUGACGAUCUGGGUCGCCUUGGCAACCUGCAACACCUGGACCUGUACAACAACAAGCUGACCAUUCUGCCUGUCAGCUUCUCACAGCUCAAGGUGGGUAACAAACACACACACACACACACAUUAGGACUGGGAAUUGCCAGGGUCCUCACGAUACUUAUCCGUAUCUAAUCGCUGAAGUUAGCAUGUUUUAAAAGGGGAAGCAUGUUUCCCCAUUGGUACCCAUGUUACAGAAAGACACAGAUAAUGAAACAUACACUACCGGUGAAAAGUUUUAGAACACCUACUCAUUCAAGGGUUUUUCUUUAUUUUUACUAUUUUCUACAUUGUAGAAUAAUAGUGAAGACAUUAAAACAAUGAAAGAACACAUAUGGAAUCAUGUAGUAUCCAAGAAAGUUUUAAACACUUCAAAUAGCCACCCUUUGCCUUGAUGACAGCUUUGCACACUCUUGGCAUUCUCUCAACCAACUUCACCUGGAAUGCUUUUCCAAAAGUCUUGAAGGAGUUCCCACAAAUGCUUAGCACUUGUUGACUGCUUUUCCUUCACUCUGCCGUCCAACUCAUCCCAAACCAUCUCAAUUGGGUUGAGGUCGGGGGGAUUGUGGAGGCCACGUCAUCUGAUGCAGCACUCCAUCCCUCUCCUUCUUGGUAAAAUAGCCCUUACACAGCCUGGAGGUGUGUUGGGUCAUUGUCCUGUUGAAAAACAAAUGGUAGUCCCACCAAGCCCAAACCAGAUGGGAUGGCGUAUCGCUGCAGAAUGCUGUGGUAGCCAUGCUGGUUAAGUGUGCCUUGAAUUCUAAAUAAAUCACAGACAGUGUCACCAUCAAAGCACCAUAACACCACCUCCUCCAUGCUUUACGGUGGGAACUACACAUGCGGACAUCAUCCAUUCACCCACACCGCGUCUCACAAAGACACGGCUGUUGGAACCAAACAUUUCCAAUUUGGACUCCAGACCAAAGUACACAUUUCCACCGGUCUAAUGUCCAUUGCUUGUGUUUCUUGGCCCAAGCAAGUCUCUUCUAGUUAUUGGUGUCCUUUACAUUCAAAUUUUUUACAUUUUAGUCAUUUAGCAGACGCUCUUAUCCAGAGCGACUUACAGUUAGUGCAUACAUUUUAUUUAUAUUUUUAGUAGUGGUUUCUUUUGCAGCAAUUCGACCAUGAAGGCCUGAUUCACUCAGUCUCCUCUGAACAGUUGAUGUUGAGAUGUGUCUGUUACUUGAACUCUGUGAAGCAUUUAUUUGGGCUGCAAUUUCUGAGGCUGGUAACUCUAAUGAACUUUUCCUCUGCAGCAGAGGUAACUCUGGGUCUUCCAAUUCCUGUGGCGGUCCUCAUGAGAGCCAGUUUCAUCAUAGUGCUUGAUGGUUUUUGCGACUGCACUUGAAGAAACUUUCAAAGUUCUUGAAGUCUUCCGUAUUGACUGACCUUCAUGUCUUAAAGUAAUGAUGGACUGUCGUUUCUCUUUGCUUAUUUGAGCUGUUCUUGCCAUAAUAUGGACUUGGUCUUUUACCAAAUAGGGCUAUCUUCUGUAUACCUUGUCACAACACAACUGUUUGGCUCAAAUGCAUUAAGAAGGAAAGAAAUUCCACAAUUAACUUUUAAGAAGGCACACCUGUUAAUUGAAAUGCAUUCCAGGUGACUACCUCAUGAAGCUGGUUGAGAGAAUGCAAAGAGUGUGCAAAGCUGUCAUCAAGGCAAAGGGUGGCUAUUUGAAGAAUUGAUUUGUUUAACACUUUUUUGGUUACUACAUGAUUCCAUAUGUGUUAUUUCAUAGUUAUUCUACAAUGUAGAAAAUAGUAAAAAUUAAGAAAAACCCUUGAAUGAGUAGGUGUUCUAAAACUUUUGACCGGUAGUGUAUAUAUCUGCCCGGGUGUAGUAGCUAGUUCCCAUCAUCACCAAGCUCUUCUAGAGCAAUAAUUAUAGCAGGCAAACUGCAGCACAAUACAAGGCCCAUGUUCAUUGAUGCCAUUCUGCUGGAAAUAAGUUGGACUAAGAACUAGAGAGAAUUUAUUCAAAGCAAUUACCAGUCCCAACUAAGUGGGCAUAAUUUGUGUAUGUGUAAAUGCUGCUGACUUGGCAAAAUGAGUUGGUGAUGACUCACAUUUCUCAUGUAUAUAAUAGAGGAAAAAUAGACCCAAACAUCAGUGUACAGACAGCCCAGAGAACCUGCUUAUGCAACCAUUUGAUUGUGGUAAUGUCUCGAGCAAGAGGGGCAUAGUGUUCCUAUGUUCCGAGAAGCAAUACAAGCUUCAAGUGGUGCGCUGGUAUGAAAACCGUAUUCACCCCGCGUCCCUAAAGUCCCAUUAUUCUCCUGGCAUUUUCACCACUAUUAUUCAUUAACAUCAUCAUUAGUAUGGUAAUCUAUGCUUAAUUCUAUAAUAUAUAGUCAUAUUUACAGGUACUUAAUUACUUUUUGGCAGACACAGAUAUUCAUCAGAAAAAUGUGUAAAGCCCUGUGAAUUAGCUGGGAAUAAACUUUGAAUCUGACCAUCAACAGUAGGAAAGGCUAACUGUAAUCAACCUAUCCAUAACAUUUUACAAUAAUCAGAAAAUGAUAUUGUUAGUUCGUUACUAACAGGUUUAAAACAGUGAGUCAUACAUCCCUUUCAUAUCCAAGACUAUACAGUAAACUCUACAAUAAGAAUAAGCCAGCUAUCUUUGAGCUGGGUAAACUUAGUGAACUCCAACAUGACCACAGUGGCAUAUGGACGAAGGUUGAAGACAGAAAACAAUUCACACAGUCUCAACAGGCUUAUUUGUGUGUGUGUGUGUGUGUGUAGAACCUGAAGUGGCUGGAUCUAAAGGACAACCCUCUGGAAAUCAACCUGGCGAAGGCUGCAGGAGACUGUCUGGAUGAGAAACAGUGUAAACAAUGUGCUGCCAGGGUAAGACUGGGAGGGAGGGAGGGGGGAGGGGGGGGGUGGGAAGGUAGGCAGAGGGAAGUAGAGGAGAUUCCGCAACUCUUGGAGGACAAUGGAAGUUGAUAAUAAAGCUUAUUCAUUGUUAAAAGAAGCAGAGGGAGGUAGGGAAGAAAAGAUGGACUGAAUAAAAGAGGUAGGUAGGGAUGGAGAAAUGAAGGGAGAAUGGGGGAGGAAGGAAAUGUUGGUAUAGACUAGAGGGUUGUUUGGUUCCAGCAUGGUGCAAUAUCAUUUCGAUUACAAUAUGAUUGUAGGUUCUCCAGCACAUGAGGAUCCUUCAGGACGAGGUGGACAAAGAGAGGGAGCGGCGCUUCCUAAAGGACAAAGGUGGGUACUACAAUGCAGGUGCCAGUGGUCAGUCAACGGGCUCCACCCGUCAACCUAGUUCUGCGUCCAAAAUGGCACCCAAUUCCUUAUGUAGUGCAGUACUUUUGACCAAAGCAUAGGGCUCUGGUCAAAAGUAGUGCACUAUGUAGGGAAUAGGCUGCCAUUUCCAGGGUAUGGUAGUAGGUACCAGGCGCACCAGUUUGAGUGUGUCAAGAACUGCAACGCUGUUGGGUUUUUCAUGCUCAAUAGUUUCCCGUGUGUAUCAAGAAUGGUCCACCACCCAAAGGACAUCCAGUCAACUUGACACAAGCAUUGGAGUCAACAUGGGCCAGCUUCCCUGUGGAACGCUUUCGACACCUUGUAGAGUCCAUGCCCCGAUGAACUGAGGCUGUUCUGCAGGCAAAAAGGGGUGCAACUCAAUAUUAGGAAAGUGUUCUUAAUGUUUUGUACACUCAGAGUACAUCGAACGUGAUAGAAAGUGAACAUCAAAGCUUAUGAGGUUUUAAAUUCAUUAGUUUGGGUUGGGGAUAUAAACUGAUUAUGACACAUUUGUAACUGUUAAUCUGUUUUCUUUCGUCCGUCCCUCCAUCGCAUUAGAACUGGAGAAGAAGAAAGAGACGAAGCAGAGGGAGAGGGAGGCGAAAGAGAGGGAGGCUCGUAAACGAGACAAGGCAGAGGAGAAGGAGAGGAAGAGGAAGGAGUACAACGCUCAUAUGGCUGCCUUGGCCGUCCAGGAACAGAAGAAUAAGAGAAAAGAGGAGAAGAAAAAGCGGAAUGGACAGAUAGCAGCAGGUAUGCAAUGGGCGCAUUCCAGGUUGUCUUUAAUGAAGUCGUGCAGCGCACGUCACUGACUCACAUCUCUUUCUCUCUCCAGAUAAGAAAGCAGCAGCUGAAUCCACCCCCAAAGCCCGAAGACGCUCUCUUAUUGGCCUGCUGUUCAAGCUCCUCCUGCUGCUGCUGCUGGGAUUGGCUGGCGUCGUGGGGGUGUGUCAACUGACCGGGCUAAAGGAGGAGGCAGUCUGCGCGCCAAUCAACGUUGCCGUGGAUGACGGCCUAUCCUGGGUCCGGGAACAGGAAGUAGAUGUGAGGGUCCGCGACCUGGUACAGGAAGUGGAUAUCAGAGCCAGAGAGCUGCUGCAGAAACUCCUGGAGCCGCUCGGAGUCGUACCUAUGGCAACGGAACCCGUGGAAACGGUAGAAAACUGAAGGAUGGACUGACGAGAAAGAAAGAUGGACGAUCAGCUUAAAUUCCUAUGGAAUUGUCCUGUCGUCGCUCCUGGUUUCCCCUCUUUGUAUGCGCUCUGUUUUUAACCAGUGGCUGUCUGCGUCAAAAUUCACUAACAUCCUGGUUCCCUACAGUAUGUAACUCUAGUCCAAAGCACUAUUAAAAAGGGAAUAGGGUGUGAUCGGAGACUUGCCCUGUGACACAUGCACACUCCCAAGUCAACCCCCAGCCACUGUAGAUCUGAAAGGUCUGGAUAGGUGUACCGGCAUUCAAUAUUAUGGAAAUUCACUUGCCUAAUAGAGGGCAAGAUGAAGCUACUAUAUACGGCUUAUACCUGUCCUAUUCCUUUCAGAACUACGCAGGUGCACAGGGCGUAAAAGGUAGGGGUUGAUUUGGAAUUGGGCAAUAGUGACUGGCCCCGUCUGUGCUGCAUUGAAAUCUUGAGUCCAACUGCAAAUCAGAGCCAGGUAUAGGCCAGCAUUUGAGCCAAUCAGAUCAUGUUAUAAACAGUAUGUAUCUGUGUUUGGUUGGGGCUGUGAAUAUGGAGUAAUCCUGUGCAUUUUACAUCUGGGGUAAAUUGGCUACACUUGUUUUUGUAAUGCGUAAUCUCUGCUCAUGGACUGUCAACAAUAAAUGGCUAUAAGCUUG